AUGCGUCCCUCGACCACGGCCACCUCGCUGCUGGCCCUCGCCGCCGGUGCUUCCGCCAAGCUGCAGUACCUCGGCGUCGCCAUGUCCGGCAUCGACUUUGGCUGCGACAUUGACGGCACCUGCCCGCUCAAGACCGUCGCCCUGCCCCUCAAAAACUAUGGCGGCGCCGACGGCCAGGCGCAAAUGGAGCAUUUCGUCAAGGACGACAAGCUCAACAUCUUCCGGCUGCCCGUGUCGUGGCAGCUGCUCACCAACGCCAAGGGCGGCAGCACCCUCGACGCGCAAGGCUGGGAGAGCUACGACACGCUCAUGCAGGCGUGCUUCGCCACGGGCGCCUACUGCAUGAUUGACCUGCACAACUUUGCACGCUUCGACAAGGGCAUCAUUGGCCAGGGCGGACCCUCGGACGCCACGUUUGCGCAGCUCUGGGCCAACAUUGCGGCCAAGUACGCCGACAAUGACCGCGUCGUCUUUGGGCUGAUGAAUGAGCCGCACGACCUCGAUACGGCCAAAUGGGCCAAUACGUGCCAGGCCGCCGUCACGGCCAUUCGCAAAGCCGGCGCCAAGACGCAAAUCAUCCUGCUGCCCGGCAACAACUUUUCCAGCGCGGCCGACUUUGUCGCCAACCAGAGCGCCGAGCUGCUGAGCAACGUGACCAACCCCGACGGCUCAACCGACGGCCUGCUGCUCGACCUGCACCAGUACCUCGACAUCAACAACUCGGGCCAGCACGCCGAGUGCACGACGGAUAAUGUCGUCGGAUUCGGCACGAUUGCCAAGUGGCUGCGGGCGAACAACCGCACCGCCAUGGUGUCGGAGACGGGCGCGUCCAUGGAGGACUCGUGCAUGAAGAAGUUUUGCGCGCAGAAUACCUUUAUCGCGCAAAACACUGACGUCUUUGUCGGCUUCGUAGGCUGGAGCGCCGGCAGCUUCGACUCUACCUAUGUCAUGUCGCUGACGCCCACGGGCUCGGCCGGCGACUAUACGGACAAUAAGCUCAUGCAGCAGUGCAUCCUCGACGUCUUCCAGGGCAAGCUCAACGCGCCGGUUAGCUCGGCGCGUCCGUCAUCGUCAUCGACCACCUCGGCGCAGAGCCCGCAAAAGACGACCAGCGCCGUCUUUCUCGAAAACUCGAGCACGCCGUCGCACACACCGAACGCGGCGGCGUCGAGUUUCCCGGGCCGUACCAGCCUGGCCCUUGUCGCGGCCGCCGCACUCUUUGCCGGCUUGUAA